AUGAUGGAUAUCCGAAUGCAAGCUUAAAUUCAAUAAGGUAAGGGUUUAUGAAUAUUAUUAUUUAGCUAAUAAGGAUCUAUAAAAAAAAAAGUAAGAUUAGAAUAAAAAUAAGAAGUUUCAUUUAGGUGUUGAAAUCAGUCUUGAGGUAAUAUUGAUUAAUCAUUCCAGAGAUAGAUAUAUUUUUGUAAAAUUUUUGAUAAAGUUCAAAUUGAUAUAGAAUAAAACUGUCUUUAAUAUCGUGUACAACAUUUUAUUACAGAUUGUGAAGUCAUAUACUAGAUUUGGGAAUUUGAAUUUGAGGGUAAAAAUAAUUUUGAAGGGAGAUGCAUAAAAGGUAUUGAUAGUAUUUGAGAAUAAAGGUGUUUUAAAGUUUCCACCAGAUUAUCCAAAGGGUGCUCCAAGUUUCUAUUUGGAUCCAGUAAUUACUGACAAAGGAGCUGAAGUACUAGCACAUUAAUGCAUCUAUGGAGGUAUGAUAACAGUAAAUUUCUCUAAGAUCAUUAGUUGUGUGUACAUUUAUUUAUAUUUUGGGAUAUGCAAAAUAACAGAAUUGAUGAAGAACCUAGAAUAGAUGAAAUUUAAAUUUUAUAAGCUGUUGAAUACAUUUUUAAUAACCCAGAUAUAGCUGAAGGAUGUCCAAAUCCAAUGUUUUAAUCUGAAAGCCCUCAAAGAAAAUAGGAAAUCCAAUAAAGGUAGGCUGAGUUCUUACCAUUUUUCAACAAAGAUAUUUGA